CCGCCUGCUCUCCCUGGAGUCCGGGACAUGAACGGCUACGGCUCCCCCUACCUGUACAUGGGCGGCCCGGUGUCGCAGCCGCCGCGGGCGCCCUUGCAGCGCACGCCCAAGUGCGCGCGCUGCCGCAACCACGGCGUGCUGUCCUGGCUCAAGGGCCACAAGCGCUACUGCCGCUUCAAGGACUGCACCUGCGAGAAGUGCAUCCUCAUCAUCGAGCGGCAGCGGGUCAUGGCCGCGCAGGUGGCGCUGCGCCGGCAGCAGGCCAACGAGAGCCUGGAGAGCCUCAUCCCGGACUCGCUGCGCUCCCUGCCCGGCCCCCCGCCAACGGGGGACGCCGCCGCCGCCGCCCCGCAGCCGCCGCCGACCUCGCAGCCGUCUCAGCCGCCGCCGCCGCCGCCGCCGCGGCCCGCCGUGGAGUUGGCUGCGGCCGCCGCGCUGCGCUGGGCCGCCGAGCCCCAGCCCGGGCCGUUGCCGGCGCCGCUCGCCAAGCCAGAUUUGACGGAAGAACGGCUGGGGGACAGCGGUUCAGCCGACAACACGGAGACCUUCAGCGACAAAGACGCCGACCAGAGGAGCUCCCCGGAUGUGGCCAAAAGUAAGGGCUGUUUCACCCCCGAAAGCCCCGAGAUGGUGUCGGUGGACGAAGGGGGCUACGCGGUCCAGAAAAACGGAGGCAACCCGGAGAGCCGCCCCGACAGCCCCAAGUACCACGCGGAGCAGAACCACCUGCUGAUCGAGGGCCCCUCGGGGACGGUGUCCCUGCCCUUCAGCUUGAAAGCCAACAGGCCGCCCCUAGAAGUGUUGAAAAAAAUAUUCCCCAACCAGAAGCCCACGGUGCUGGAGCUCAUCCUGAAGGGCUGCGGCGGGGACCUGGUGAGCGCCGUGGAGGUCCUGCUGUCUAGCCGCUCCUCGGGGUCCGCGGCGGCCGACCGAACUGCGGCCGAGCCCGAGGGGCUGGUGCUGCCCCCCAACGGGCACAUCUUUGAACACAGCCUGAGCUCCUACCCCCUCUCCUCCUCCAAGUGGUCCGUGGGCUCGGCCUUCAGGGUCCCGGACACGCUGAGGUUUUCUGCCGACUCUAGUAACGUUGUCCCCAACCCCUUGGCCGUGCCCCUGCAGCAUCCUUUCCCCCAGCCGCCCCGGUACCCGCUGAUGCUGAGGAAUACUUUGGCGAGGAACCAGUCGAGCCCCUUUUUGCCCAGCGACGUCACCCUGUGGAACACCAUGACCCUGCAGCAGCAGUACCAGCUGAGGUCCCAGUACGUGGGCCCCUUCCCCUCUAACUCGGCCAGUGUCUUCCGAAGCUCACCUGUCCUCCCCGCGCGCGCCCCCGAGGACCCCCGCAUCUCCAUCCCCGACGAUGGCUGUCCUAUGGUGGCGAAGCAGUCCAUUUACACCGAGGAGGACUAUGACGAGAGGUCCGACUCCUCAGACUCUAGAAUACUCAACACAUCCUCUUAAAGUUGCUCCCUGCUGGGUGGUGUGACCAGGUGACGUUUUGUGUGCAUUUGAAACCCCGGGGGCACCCCACCCCCAGGAGAGGCCACAUCCUGUGUAUACCCUUUCCUUCUGUUUGACAAAGUGACUGUGCUUGAUUCUAUACCUUAGCAAUAAAAAACAUAACUUAUUUAAUUUCUUGCACUUCAUUGGAAAAUGCCAAAUAGCUCUGCUCUGUGGCUUUAGUGCUGAAUGUUUGUUGUAAAAGAGAGUCUAAUGCUAAGAAUAGUCUUGGGAAAGCCGGGUCUGCCGCCAGAUUUAUUUGGGGAUGGAAAGCUGAGGGUCAGCUUUGCUCCCAAACUCAACCCGCAAUGUCCGAGAAAAUAGUAUACUUGAAUGCGGUUUCCCAAAAGAGGAUUCCUCAGGAUAUGUAAAAACUAAAGCAAGUGGUUCGGUUGCAAAUGGACUAUAAACAGGGACCUUAUAUUCUUAUGCUAAAAAUCCUUCUUGCAUUUUAGAGAGAGACUGCACUUAGGAAUAGAGUGAACCACUCACAUGCUUUUUAAGCUUGGACAGUUUUCAGAGACAAACUCCAUUAAGAAUUCUUCUUCUCACAGGGCUGAAUUGAAACAUGCGUGAUGUCAAUGUAAAUCAAUCACAGCUGUGAACUGCAUGAAAUGUAUUGUGAAAUGAACACAAGAUUAAGCUUUGUCAGGUUAAUGUAGCAUGCUGAGGACUCUAGAAAAAAAAAAUAAACUAAGGAGAC